AAAGGAGAACACCUAAAUAUCCCCUUAAUCAAGAGGAACUCAACACUUCUUUUCUUGCUUCUUUAAGUUCUCUGGAAAAGCGACGCCAAGCAAAUCCCAAAAUGACUUCUCAACAUAUCGCAACCCACAGAGAAAAAGCAGAGAUCCACACCGGCGAGUCUCUCUGCAAGCAGCAGUCCUUGGAACUCCUCGAAGAGAUCCACCUCCCUAUGGGUCUCCUCCCACUUGACAACAUCAUUGAGGUGGGUUAUAACCGCACUACCGGGUUCGUUUGGUUGAGGCAAAAGAAGAGAAAAGAUCACAGAUUCCUUAAGAUCGGACGCCAAGUAUCUUAUGAUACGGAGGUGACAGCUUUCGUCGAGAACCGUCGGAUGCGGAGACUGACUGGGGUCAAGACCAAGGAGCUUUUGAUUUGGGUGUCCAUCUCGGAUAUUUAUGUUGAUGAGAAGGAUUUGGAGAAAAUAACGUUUGGUAAUCCGACAGGGAUCUCCAGGACUUUUCCUGUUUCGGCUUUUGAGCUUGAGGAGGGCAAGAAUUGAGGUUUCUUUCGUUACAUUGGGUUUUAAUUGUUUUAGGAUUUUCAGAAAUCCGAGGAUUCACGUCUGUGUUUUUAAGAUGGUUUUAUUUUGGACUGAAUAAUAGUAUUUAAUAUGCUUUUUACGCAGUUCAAUUUUAUUUAAUGAGAUUGAUUUAUGUUAUGCCU